AUGCGCCUCGGCUUUGACGUCCUCCCUUCGGACCUUGAAGGGAUCCGUACAAGACUACGUGGUGCGGCCAAGUUCGACCUGUCGAUCACCGAUGUCGACUCGAGGAUUGGAACGAUGCUCGAAGGUCUAAUGAAGACCAUCGAGCUGAACAACCAGGAGUGGGUCCUUCGUGAGGAGGGCAAAAUGAUGGUCUGCAUCAUCGUGGAUGCGAUUAAGCCAGCCGGUCUACAAGAGGCAGUAAAGGAGGAGAUCGCAAUGCAUCGCAACAAGACAUUAAGGACAGACGUUUUCAAGUUCGUGCGGUGGCUUCGGGAGUACGCAACUACGUACCAGAUGUUCGUCAAGCUGCGACCUCAAGACCUCAACCCCUCCAAGGGGAACAAACCUAACACCGGUGCUGUAUGCGCCUGCGGCGGGUCCCCGAAAACGAGCCCGGCACCGUCACGAGGAGCACCGGUGUCGGGAGCGACACCUCGGGGAGGUUGUCUCAAAGUUCGGCUCGUUGGGCCACCUGGUCCACGAACCAGCAGCGCCCCGAACCGUGGUGCCGGUGGCGAUGGCAGCCGGGACCAAGUUGCCAAACAAGUCAAUACACUCAAGGCCCCAGCGCCGACGACAUCGGCCUCACGGCUCGAGUGCGUCGUCGAGGGUGUCCUACCCACGACUGCGACCCUGCUCGACUCGGGGUCCGACACGUUCGUCGCCUCGCUGGGAUUUGUGAUAACGUUACUCGCAGCGGGAGCCAGUGUGGUGAUGCGCGACAUGCCGCGCUCUACGGACCUAGCACCGUAUGGCAAGGGAGCACCGGCGAUUACGGUGACCCGAAAGGUCAAGUUGGGCUCCGUUGAGUUCCAGACAUCCUACGGUCCGCUGGUUCUCCGGAGCCUGGACUUAUGGGUGGAUGAGGACGUGAAGGACAAGAUCGAGUUGCUUUUUGGUCGGCCUGUGAUGAACGCCCUGGGUUAUUCAGCCAGCGGGGUACACGAGGCAGCCCGACAACAAGCUGCCGUCUAG